AUGACCCACGGCUGCCUCAAGUGUUUGAAGUACACCAUGUGUGUCGCCAACUUCCUUUGUUUUUUGUCUGGCGUGGCCGUGCUGGGCUUUGGUGUGUACAUGAUGGUGAACUUCAAACUGACAGCACUUACACCUUCUUUGGACAAGUUCAAUUUAGCCAGCAUGUUGCUGAUCAGCGGUUUCAUCAUCUCGUGUGUUUCCUUCCUGGGUUUCCUGGGAGCUCUAAAAGAGAACCGCUGCCUCCUGCUGACGUUCUUCCUCAUGCUCUUCUUUUUGCUGCUGGUGGAACUGACUGCUGCCUGCUUGCUUCUCCUGUAUGAAAAAGAUAUUUCCGAUUGGGUGGAGAAGGAUCUGAAUGAUGGUUUGAAGAAAGCAAAUGGGGAAAAUUCAACGGACUUCUACAGUGAGUGGGAUCUAGUUCAGAAAACGUUUGAUUGCUGUGGAGUACACAAUGCAUCAGACUGGGGAAGCAAAGCGCCUGGUUCUUGCACUGACAAAGUGACCGAACAGUUGAGAUCAACGGGCUGCCUGGACAAGCUUCAGAAAUGGUUUGAAGAGAAUUUUCUAAGCACUGGGAUUUCCGUUAUUGUUCUCUGCAUUAUUGAGGUAUUAGGGAUGUGUUUCGCCAUGACACUGUUCUGCCACAUCAGCAGAUCUGGACUGGGAUACAAGUUAUAG